CGUGUUUCGAAAGCGCAGAAGGAGUCACUGCGAUGAAAACAAAACGACGCUCAGAAAUUAACCCUUAAAUUUAUUGUUUUUAAAAACUCUAUCUCUUUCCUUCUGAAACGCAAUCCGUUUAUUUGACUUUAGCUUGUAAUAGAUUUUUUUCAAGCCGACUUUGAACGCCUGAUACGGACCAGCUUUUUCCCUUUAAACACACUUGAUAAUAAAUUGCCUAUCUAGCCUCUAGCUGUCAGCUUUACCGUUAGCUUAGCUCCUUCUCGCAUUGGAUUGUUUUGUGUUCCUUCCUGGAGCCCCUUUCGUUGGAAGCAGGUGCUGAUAAAUUUGAGACAUGUCGGAAGAUUAUGAAUUCAGCGAAGACCCGAGCAUGAUGAGAAUGGAGGAGGAUGGGGAGAGCAACUGUGACGAUCCCAUGUCCGCCUCUGGGGACUGUGGCCUGAUGAUGGGAGGAGAGGCCGACGGAUCGAAGAUUGACGCUAGUAAAAAUGAGGAGGAUGAAGGGAAGAUGUUUGUUGGAGGGCUCAGCUGGGACACGACCAAGAAGGACCUGAAGGAUUACUUCACAAAGUUCGGGGAGGUGGUGGACUGCACGUUAAAACUGGACCCUAUGACCGGGCGCUCGCGGGGCUUCGGCUUCGUGCUCUUUAAAAAUCCGGAAAGCGUUGAAAAGGUUGCCUCACAGAAGGAACACAAACUCAACGGGAAAGUGAUUGAUCCCAAAAAAGCAAAGGCCAUGAAGAGCAAGGAGCCUGUGAAGAAGAUCUUUGUAGGUGGGCUGUCCCCAGACACGCCCGAAGAGAAAGUCAGAGAGUAUUUCGGUGCCUUUGGAGAGGUGGAGUCCAUCGAGCUUCCCAUGGAGACCAAAACGAACAAGCGGCGGGGCUUCUGCUUCAUCACCUUCCAGGAGGAGGAACCAGUGAAGAUGAUCAUGGAGAAAAAGUACCACAAUAUCGGGCUCAGCAAGUGUGAGGUGAAGGUGGCCGUGUCCAAGGAGCAGUACCAGCAGCAGCAGUACUGGGGAGGCAGAGGAGGAUACUCGUCCAGGUCUCGAGGGAGAGGUGGGGGUCCCAACCAAAGCUGGAACCAGGGUUAUGGUAACUACUGGAAUCAGGGAUAUGGGAAUUAUGGAAAUUAUGGUUACGGCAAUCAAGGAUAUGGUGGCUAUGGAGGCUAUGAUUACUCUGGUUACAACAAUUAUUAUGGAUAUACUGACUACAACAAUCAGUCUGGUGGAUAUGGGAAGUCACCACGGCGUGGUGGCCACACCAACAGUUACAAACCGUAUUAAAGGGACAAACCCUCCACCUCCAAGGAGGUACGUACCACCAACCACAUACUAAGCACCGUUAAAAAACAUCAAUUAGCUUUUUUUUUUUUUUUUUUUAACUUUGGUGUUUUUAUAAUAUUUGUGUAAUUCUGUUGUUCUUUCUCGUUUUUUUCUUAAGUGCUUUACAGUAGUGGUAACGUAAAAAGGUUCUUGUGACAAUAAUUUUAAGAGCAGCCGAGUCUUCCGCUGCCUCUUUUUUUUUUUUUUUUUUUUUGCAAUCUUCUCUUUGUUGUUGUUGUUUUUCUUCGUUUUAAACCGUAAAGUUAACAGGUAAACUACUGCUACUACAGUAAAUGGAUGCCAAAGUUAAGGAUGUGCAAAAGGAAAACAGAAAAAGGAAAAAAAAAAAAAAAGAAAAAAAAGAAAGAGUGUGUUGUGUCCUAACUCUGACAUACCUUGUUUGUACCUGCCAGCGGAGCUUCCUUGCAGGCCAUGAGCUGACUCCCAGAUACUCUCAGGGCCCGCUCAAUGCGGACCGGGUAUGAGAAGCAUACGCUCUCGAAUGCUGCCGUUUGGUAUGGUCUUACAACAUCCUGUAUCCGCAUUUCUAAUCUAAAAAAAAAAAACAAUUAAGGGACACGUCCAGCUUUGUCAUCUUUCUUUCCAUUCGUUUCCUUCAUUUAUUUUAUAAAUAUAUAUCUAUCUAUACUUUUUCUGCGACUGUCUUUUGUAAUGUAAGAAUUUAAAAAUCUACACAUGUAAUUGUGGUUUUUUCACAGGCCCUUACUCCCCCACAAGUAACGAUUGAUAACGUAUGAAUAAAUAACGAUUUGCUUUCCUAAAGGAUACAUUCGUCAUUCUCUGGAUUUUCCAGUUCCUAAUGUUAACAUAUGUAUUUUUUUUUAAAAAAAUGCUUGUUUCUUUAUUUAGCUAAAGUAGUCCAUGAGCUUAAGCCUGGUUUGGACUCUACUGUGUUGGGGGAUAAAGUGCUUUUAAUUUGUGUAAAUGUAUUGUUCUUGUUUUUGUUUUACUGACAGCGAUGGAAAAGACUCCUCUUUUUGUUAAUUUUCCCUGUAACACAUUUUCUUCUUAUAUCCAUUGAUUAAAAAAAACACACACACACACACACACGCCCACACACACACACACACACACUCAAUCAAAAUGUCACCACAAUUCCAGAAAUUUGCAUGUAAUGCUCACCAUAAUGUUGUAUCUUUUGACCGAUAUGAACGUAUUUUUAAUUUUAUUUUUCCCAUUUAGUAUUUUGACUUCUCCGUCAGGAUCCCUAGUUUAAUCUAUACACAUUUUAAAGCUGUAAAACUGUAAAGAAAAAAUAAUUGCUUUUAUCACGUAGGCCGUUUAAAAACAGGGGAUUCCUGUCUUUCUUUAGUAGCUGAAGACAUGUCGCUCAUCCACGGCUGACUUGUUCCUGUUUGUUUCCCGCAGGCUCCGGAGGCGAACGCAUCGGCCACAGAGACGAUCCGGCUAAAGACAUGGCUAGUUUAUGAAAA